ACCAUUUUGCGUCGGUAGUGUAGCCCGAACCAUAAGCGGUUAUACGUUUUUUUUUUUCAUUUGGAGUGCGGAAGAAACGCGUUUUUUUCUUUAUUUUUUACGGUUUAAACCUGCGCGUUGGUAUGGCGAUCGCGAGGAUUCUGUAUUCAGUUUUAUGAACCUGAUCGACACUGAUCACAUCGAAAAGGGGUUGAAUUUUUUAUAUGAAUAAGAAAAGAGAAAGGGCGGAAUGAAAAAGAGAAACACAGAGCAAGACAUUCAUAGACUGGAACAUAUAAGAAAACUUAAAGACUAAACAUUCUGUACAAGCAAUUGAAUAUGAAGCCUUUUAAAAAACAAGGCAGACGGUCACCUCCAUCAACACGAGCCAAAGGGAGUAAGAGAAGGGGGCUGAUUGAUGCAAGCCCAGAAGAGGAGAAGAGAGACACAGAGGAAAAAGCCAGGCUCUCACCAUCUUCUCCCAAAAGACUGAUAUCAUCAAAUUCAGACUCAUCACAGGAUGAGCUAGUUAAAUCCAUUAGAACCCCAGAAGGAGAGGGAAAAAGAGAAGGAAUACUGGAUGUAUCUGAGGAUUAUGGGAAGGCAAAGGAUUCUCUGAGCUUCAAGUCAGGUGGAACACAAAGUGACAGUAAUAGCCCCAAUCCCUCAUCCAACCGCAAGACAGCCACCUUUAAGGCCCGUGUGCCGAAGAAAAAGUAUACCUCUGAGCACUAUGCUGGAAACCAUGGCAAUGAUGGUAAUUCCAGUACUCCCCCCCAGAGUAACAGCAGCACACCUCACAAUUCCUCCAGUGCUAGUCAGGGUAGCACUACUGGAGCUGAAUACACAGAGACAGUCAGUCAGAGCAACCAGGUACCUGUGGCCAGCACCUCAGGGGUCAUACAGAACAGCAUGGCAGCACAGUCAAACAGAAUGGGAAAUGAGAAUAGUGAGAGAGAAAAGAUAAAUACAUCAAGUCCUCAGCGAUGCUCCUCCACAGACACAGCCAGUGAGCACUCAGCUGACCUUGAGGUGACGACACAGCAAUCUGGAUCCCACUCCAGCAUUCAGGGAGGACAAUCUCAACUUAGUUCUUCACCUCUACAGGAAAAUUUGCCAGCAGGACUAUCACAAACACUUGCUAAGGGUUUAAAGAAUCAGCGGGUCCUGGCCAGAGUGAGCACAAGAAGAGGGGACAGGUGGGCUCCUGAUAGAGGACGAGAGUCGUCGGGAGUUUUCCGUGCUGGUGUUGUGCGGGAUGUCAGUGGAGAGCACGGAACUGUGGAUGUGCAGUUACAUGGAGAGGAAACAACAAUCAAAUACCCAUUUCAAGUAGCUGUUGAUAUGGUGGACAUGAUAUUAGAUGCACCCCCUCCGGGAAAUGCAUCUGUGCCCAUAGGGACACGUGUGUGUGUACCAUUUGGAGGUAGCAGUGAAAGCAGUGAGGGGGCACAUCAUUGGUACAGAGAAGGCCUGAUUACCCAGGUGGACUCUCACCCUGCUGUUUCCUUUCCUUAUCGUGUCCAACUCCAAGAAGAUCCAUCAGAUGAAAAGGAUAGAACUGGAACAGAGGAGGAUUGGCGGGAUAAGCCUGCUCAAGCAGUGUGGGUCUCACGACAGAGUCUUCGCCUUCUGGUUCCUCCAUGGGACCUGGAGCUGCCGCAAUCUACUGAGCAAGGGAAGAAUGGUCGAAUAGUGGGGGAAAGAGAGAAGGAUUGGGAGGAUAAAGAGGAGAUGGAAGUGGAAUCUGAAUUGUGUCGAUUCAGCACGGUGCCUAGGGUAACAAGGCCAAUUUUAGUUACUGGACUGUUACACCCUGAAACAUCUUCAUUACCACUCUCUUCAUCUUGUUCACUUAGCACUGCCAUCACUUCUGUACUCAGCAUAGCUCCAGACAGAGCUUGGGAUUGCAGCCAACAAAAAGAUCUGGAAAAAGAGAGGGAGUUACAAAGGCAAUCUGAAAAUGAACGAGAAAGGGAAAGGAUUACUUUACAAGCACCAGCCCCAGAAGAGGACAUGGAGGUCAGCCAUUUUAGCAUGGUUCCACUCAGGGAGGGUGGCCUCACAUUAGCUAUGGCCACCAAACCUCCGGUGUGCCCUCAGCAUCGACCUAUUCUCUCUAAGCCUGACUACCUCAGCCCUCAUCUGUCAGUGGUGAGAGGCAUAGGCACACCAUUAGCACCCCACUUAUCCCUUGGCCCCUCCUCUGUACUGCUGGGAAUGGAUGCAACUGCAGGUACCGCAGUCAUCUCUUCUACCCCACAGUUGCCUCCACUUCCUCCAUCCUCUUCACGCAGCUCCCUGGAGAAAACCUCCACUUCCAGCUCCCAUGGUACAUCAGGGGGAGGCUCCAGCUCGUCUUCUUCAUCACGUUCCCGUACACCCCUCACAGCUGCUCAGCAGAAGUACAAGAAAGGGGAUGUAGUAUGCACUCCCACAGGAAUCCGGAAAAAGUUUAAUGGGAAACAGUGGCGGCGACUGUGUUCUCGUGAGGGCUGCUCUAAGGAGUCUCAAAGGCGUGGCUACUGCUCCCGUCAUCUGUCUAUGCGUACUAAAGAGAUGGAGGCAGGAGGCGGUUUGGGCAGAGACAGAAGUGGUGCCAGUAGUACAGGCACCCUCACACCUGAUCUCCGCUUAGGAGGUCGUACCAGCAGUGAGAUUGAUUGGGAUGAGACAUCACAUGACAGUAGCGAAACCAGCAGUCGUGGUGGAGACUCACGACCUCGUUUAAUUUUGCCUUCCCUUCUACCACAAGAACUGCCACGUGAUUUGUCACGGUUUGACUUUGAUGAGUGUGAGGCAGCAAACAUGUUGGUGUCUCUGGGUAGCUCACGCUCAGGCACUCCCUCUUUCUCCCCUGUGUCCAAUCAGUCACCCUUCUCUCCUGCCCCAUCUCCUUCACCAUCUCCACUCUUUGGUUUUCGCCCAGCCAAUUUCAGUCCCAUUACUGCACCUUCUUCUCUCACCCCUCGCCGUCCACGACAUCUCAGUGGUACCAAGCUGGGUACUCCAAGUUCAGAGCGGGAUCGCCACCUAUCUGGCAUUAUGCCCACUUUUCAGACCAACCUGACCUUUACUGUGCCUAUGAGUCCCAGCAAGCGUAAGUUGGAUGCUCUCCCACCCCCAAUUCCAAUUGCAUCUGAUUAUACUAAGUCUGAUCCCCAAUUAAGCGACUUGCCAUUGGGUCUCAAUCCUGCAGCCUUCAGAGCAGUUUCACCUCAAAGCCAGUCAAACACACCCUCUUCUCUUUCUUUUACUCGACCAAGGAGCACAACCAGUCGUCCCUCAUCUUCUGCUGCCUCCACUCCUCCACCUAUGUUGGUUUCUCCUACACCUCCCUCACCACUGCCUCAGGACCCCAGCUCACGCCGCAUUGUACCCUUGCGUGAUUCUCCUGUAAUUGUUCGCAAUCCUGAUGUGCCACUGGAAAAAUUCAGUGAUGGUCCCUUGAGCAGAAGAGCAGGUUCUCGCUCAAGAGAGCAUAGUCAAACAUCUCAUCUUGCUGUAGGUCUUCAGGCUCCUAUUCCCAUUAACAGAGCCACAAAUGGUACAGUACUGCUCCGGAAUUCUGCCCCCACCUUGGUGCUGGUAACCUCUGCCCAAUCACUAACUACUGCAGCAACUGGUCAUCAGACCUACUCAAGCCAGGGCCCUAGCUGUGUUUCAUCUUCCAGUAUAACCUCUGGACCCACAGGUUCAGGCUCUGGAGGGAGAGAGCAAGACAGAAAGUCAAGUGAUCAUCCAGACAUACAAGGAGGGAUUUUACCACAACCUGUGGCCUGCCAUCCAAGUCCCACUGCUCUACUGCCUCUCAUUUUACCAGCAGAAUCUCCGCAUCCUGCCCCUCGGAAAGAUAUUAUAAUGGGACGACCUGGCACCGUUUGGACUAAUGUCGAGCCUCGCUCAUUACAAGUGUUUCCCUGGCAUUCAUUGGUUCCUUUCCUGGAGACCAGCCAAUCAAAUUCAUCUAAUCAUCCUACAGAUGGUCAAACACAGAGCAAAGAGCCACAAUGUGGAGUAAAUAUAAUGACUGAUGACCAAUCAGUUGCUGAAAGACCAUCGCCGUCUUGCCCACCACCCUCUGGAGGUGAUCCCCCAGCAGAGAGAGGAGAAGGAGAUAGUGAGACAGAGAGUGAUGCUGAUGAUCUCUUUUACUCAGGUGGAGGCCAAGAUCCUGCCCUAUUGACUUGUCCAGUGAAGAGACGGACUCAAUCACUGAGCGCUUUGCCCAAAGACAAUGACAAAAAGAAAGAGAAAGACCAUAUACGGCGACCAAUGAAUGCGUUUAUGAUCUUCAGCAAGCGUCACCGUGCUCUGGUGCACCAGAGGCACCCAAACCAGGACAAUCGCACAGUUAGCAAGAUCCUGGGUGAGUGGUGGUAUGCUCUCGGUGCCAAGGAGAAGCAGAAGUAUCACGACCUUGCCUUUCAGGUUAAGGAGGCUCAUUUCAGGGCGCAUCCUGACUGGAAAUGGUGUAAUAAGGACAGGAGAAAGUCUUUGUCUGAGGGAAGAGGCACUCCAGGGGCUAAAGAAACCAGAGAAAGAAGUGCUUCUGAAAGCACAGAGACCCAGUCAAGUUCUCAGCAUGGUGAGAACAAGGGAGCCGGGCCUAGCUGGGUGUCACCAGAAACUGAGCACUGGGGAGGGCCACUGGGAGGCCAACUUUCACGACCUCGUGCUUUGUCCCAGAGUGCAGUGCAUAGCCCGGAAAGAAGUGAGGGAGAAAAGAAUAUAGUAAAGAAUGGAAUAAGUUCAUUUCAGAUUUGCCCCCUUCCUACCUCACAGCAUGGAACUAGCGAGGAUGUAACUAGUGAUGAAGAACCGAUGGUCAUCUGUGAAGAAGAAGGAGAUGAUGAUGUCAUAGGUGAUUCAUUUCCAGAGGGUUCGAUAGAUCUAAAGUGCAAAGAAAGAGUGACAGAUAGUGAUGAAGAAAAUGACCCUGAAGAUGAAACGGAUGGCAAGCGAUUGCUUCUCUUGGGCUCUUCUCCUGCAGGCAAAUCACCAAACAAAAAGGCAGAAUGCAAAGAAAAGAGAGCAGAAAAUAAGAUAAAGCAGGAGGCAGAGGCUGGUGAACUGUGCGAAGACGUAAAAGAUGGAAAUGAAAAAGGCAGAGAAAUGGGAGCUUGUGGAGCAGGCCUGGUCCCAAAAAGUUUUGGCCUGAAUGGCACUCUGUCAUCUGCUUCCACAAUAGUGUCAAAUGUGGUUAGACCUGUAACGAGUGCCCCCAUUGCAGUAGCCAGUAAGCCUGCUGAAAGGGAAAUGCCUGUUGGGGUGGCAUCCUCUGAUGGGAAGCACAAGCAUCUGAUUGGUGGGGGAGGAGGAGCACCAGGAAAUGGAGCCAUUGCAGGGGGUGGGUACUUUUCUGCCUCCUCUCCCAAGCCUGUUGGGCAAGGAGGUUUAGUCACAGGUUUAGUACUUGGAGGAGCAUUCCCAAACCCACCAACUGUUCAGCUUAUAACCCCACCCCAAACCUUGCCAGGCCCCAACAGUAGUAAUGGAGCACCUAACAACAGUGCCGUGCCUCUUUCUAUGCUCCAGCCUCAGUUCCUCCCAGCAGCUUCACUUACUUCGCCUUCCAAUGGCAAGCAAGUCACCCAGGUGCAGUACAUUCUUCCAACACUACCAGCCUCAGCCUCUCUAAACAGCUCAUCUCUGCAGCAAACCCACCAUUCAGCUGGUGUUCUUGCCUUGCCUACUGCCCUGCCAGCACAUUUAUCCUUGCCUAAUGGAUUGCAUGCAGGGGCUGGGCCAGGGAUGAGAUAUGCAUCAGUGCCAACAUUAGGAGGGGUCAGCCCAGGAGGAAGAGCACGAUCUCCAGUCUUACAAAACAAGAUGCUUGUUCCCAUGACAACAGUAAGACCGGGAUCAACACCACCACAGCCCAUUUCCCUGGUGGCCCAGCCCCUUCCUGUACCAAAUGGGGUGCAACCUGGAAGUAAGCUCAUUCAGAUUGCCCCAAUGCCAGUGGUCCAAACUAAUGUCCAGCCUGCACGAACCGUACAUACUGCUGCAUCCUUUCCGGUCUCUAUGGCAACAGCAACUGUCAUGGCCUCAGGUGGCACAUCUCCUCAGACAGUAUUAUUGACUCCAUCUGCUACUAGGAUUACAUAUGUUCAGUCAACCACUGGUGUUGCUACGCCUUUGUCACUGGGGUCCACAUCAGCAGUCUCCACCCCUCAACGAACAGCGCCUCCACACACACAAGCAUUUUUGCCUUCUGCCAUGGCUACACUGGGCUUCACUGCCAUUGCGCCUGCUGGUCCUACACUGGUACAUCCAAUAGUGGCAGGCCAGCCUCCACUCCUGGCUCAGGUUCCAUCCACCAGCUGUUUGCCCCAGUCCUCAGCCUCAGAGUCCAAUCGACAGCUAGUGACCACCCUUUACCCUGGCCCGAGUGUCACCCUGGCGACAGGAGUGGUUUCCAUGACAACCACAUCUCCAAGCGUGACUAGUACCAUGUCAGUUCUGACAUCCCCCUCAUCACCUCAUAUGAAGACUUCUAUAGCAUCAAACACACACUUGCAUUCUCAGACCUACACAGACUCAUCACCCCAAGUCACUUUGAAGAUGGAACGACUGAAAAGGUCAGAGGCAGAUACAAGCAGAGAAGCAGCGUUGUCAAACACAUCAGGUCAGAAGGAAGAAUUAGGACGAAUGGCUAGUCCAAACCCACACCUGUAUUCAGGAAGUAGGGCGGGAUCCCCAAAAUUGCUGCCGAGUCCUCAGAUCAAAGUUGAGAAUCCUCCAUCGAGACAAGAAGGGGAAGAACAAGAUGGAACAAGGCACAGCAGAAUGGAGCAUGAUGACAGUGAAGGAAUGGGGUCUACUUGGAUAGAGAAUGCAGUGAGAGAGAGGGGCACAGAAGGAGCUGCCAAAAGCCCAUUAACUAUUAAUAAGGAGGAACCUGGCAGAGAGGCUGGACAAAAAGAGAUGUGUGCUGUGGACCUGCCUCCGCCACCAAUGCAAACCGACACUCCAGCACUCAAGAAGAACAAAUCCCGCCCCCCGCCACUCAAAAGCACCACCACCUCUGUGGAGAAAGUAAUGUCAGACACAUAUUUUGAGGAGCGCCUAGCUGAGUUGCCAGAGUUUAAGCCAGAUGGGGCACUGCCCUCCCCCAACUUGCAAAAUCUGGCCACUUCUCCUCGUGCAAUACUUGGCAGCUACCGCAAGAAGAGGAAUUCAACAGAUAUGGAUUCUGUUGAUGACCCCAGCUCUCCAAGGAGGAAGAGUCGUCGCUUGUCAAGUUGCAGCUCAGAACCCAACACACCCAAGAGUGCUGCUAAGUGCGAGGGAGACAUAUUUACCUUUGAUCGAACGGCAGGAGAGACAGAUGACAUUUUAGGUGAACUGGACCGUGUACCAUACUCCCUACGCCGCACAUUAGAUCAGCGCCGGGCACUUGUCAUGCAGCUCUUUCAGGAGCAAGGUUCCUUCUUCCCAUCAGCCCAGGCUACAGUUGCUUUCCAGGCCCGCUACUCUGAUACUUUCCCAACUAAAGUGUGUUUGCAGCUAAAGAUUCGUGAAGUGAGGCAGAAGAUUAUGCAGACUGCCACACCUGGUGGUUCAGAGGUCACAGGGAUAGGAGGAGCAUUCAGUGGUUCAGAUUCUGCUUGUGCACCGGGACCAUCCAAUCCUGUAAGCAGUGAAGAUGUCGUGGCUGAGGUAGAUGAAAAGGGCUGCGAGUGGGAAAAGCUUAAGCCUGGCAUGGAUGAAUCACAGGAUCUAAGAUGAAAACUGAGAAACAGGGUAGACGUGCUAGAAUGUGGGAAUGGGCAGUUGGCAGAUUUAAGAAGUCCACUGAAACAUACAGCACUUGCAUGUUUUUUGUUGAAUUUAUAACCAAUUGUGUGAAUUUUGAUUUUUGUUUCCACUUGUUUUCACAUUAUUACUUUCCUGUCAGUGGACUCGAUUUGUGUCGAGGUGACAAUUUUACACAGACUGACCAACACAAAUAUAUUUCAUGCAAGUACAGAAAGAUUUACUUUCUUAUUUGGCACAAGCACCUUUUCAACAAAAGAUCCAGCUGCACACAAACAAGUGCACCAGUUAGAUGUUCUGUCACUUGCUUUAGUUUUGAAGCCCCUUUACAGUGGCACCUAAGACAGCAUUCUGCACAAUUUUGUAUUUUUUUUUUGCCUGGCAUAAAAAAGACUCAUUUGAAGGAAAUCAAUGGGAAACAAGCGCGCUUGCACUUUGAUUUGUGAGAGACUAAAGACAGAACCAUGUGGCCAGAAAAUGAGUUGUCUUUUGUGCAAUGAAACAUGCCCAUUUUGUGGGGAAACAGGCUCAGAAUCAAACCUUCCAAAAGCAACAAACAGAAGACUUUCUCACUUGCAUCUGAGCAGAAAAGCAAAAGCUAUAGUGACUGCCAAAACAGCACAACCACAAAGAAACCAAUACAAAACACAAACUGAAGGGGGAGUGGUGUGGAACAUCAUUAGCAUGAAUAAUGGAAAAAAAAACACAUUGUCUCUCUCACUCUAUGAAUUCAUGCUCUUUUUCAUGUGUAGUUGUUGUGUCGUAUUGAUGGAAAAUUAUACCCCGCUCCCAUCGCCCCCCUCCCUCCAAAUAGCUUGCUCUUCUUUUGUCUACUCUAGUGGCAUUUCUAGCAUAGUCAGUCUAUCAUCCAAUCAGUCUAUCCAUGCCUUGGGGCAGAACAAAGGACUGUUUUAACUGAUUAUCCGAAGCUCUUGUUCUCAUGCCUCUAUCUCUGGCCUUUCCUAAACUCUACCCCUCACUGUAUAUAACCAUGAUGGCUCAGGGGCUUAAGGCUCUUUGCUCCCCCACCCCAUCCCUCUUUGAAAUGUUUUUAUCAGAUGUUUGCACAAUAUGUGGUCCUGGACCACACUUUAAAUCAGGAAAGUGUUUGUUUUUCAAGAUAUGUAAAAAGAAACUAACCAACAGCAGUUCAGUUUAGUUUUAUUUCAUUUUAUUUCUUUCCUUCUGUAGCAUAUAGUUUUAGUUUUAAAAAAGACCUUUUUUUAACAUAUUCUUUUCUGCUUCUUCUUCUUAAAUUGUUUCCUAACUUGUUUGGAAAGUGCCCCUGAAGGGCUGGUCUAGAAUUUGUAAACUAUGGAUGAUUCUUAAACAGAAUUAUGCAAAGGGAAAGACCUGAGACCAGCGCUAAGGUGGCAUUUCUCAGGAUCUCCUUUUUAUUUUAGCUGCCACAUCUUUCAUUGGUGCAAUAGGACUGUGUUGAUGGGAAGUUUCUUUAGAUUUUAGAUGAGUGACCAGUUUUUGUGCCAUAGAUAUUUACUGUUAAAAGGAUACAGGUGUUACAGUUGAUAUAUACAGGAAAAAAAGACAUUUCAUUAUAAUAACAUAAUAUAAUAAUUGAGUGUUAAAAAAAUAAUCCAAACAAACUAUCCAAGUAUUUGGGCCUCAUUUAUCAAGUCAGAUUUAUUUAGAAAUACUUCCAAAGUAUUUACAAGAGAAAUCUGAUAUUAAUAAAAAGAAUAUUUGGAUCCUAGGAAAGCUCCUAAGAAAGUUUGUUUGAAAGAAAGUUUGUGAAAAUGUACUGACUAAUGUAAAAUCGAAUGGGAUAAUAUUCUAUACAUGUCUGACUUUUUAGAAAAACAAACCCAUAAAUAAAUAUAAAUAAGACCAGUCAUUAAAAUCUUCAUUGUCAUGCCAAAGCAUUUUUUUUCACACCUCACUUACUUUACAUUUAAUGGACAGAUUGUAAAUCAUGGAUGAUUCUUCAAAAGAAUUAUGCAAAGGGAAAGACCUGAAAAACGCUGUUUGAGGAGCUACUGCACUGCUGAAUAAAAUUUGUAUUAGAGUAGGCAUUAGGCAAUAUCAUUUGCUCUUCUGCCUCUGAGAAAUAGCUGAUUAUGAUAAAUGAGGCCCAAUUAAUGUACUGAUAUUUUAAUACUUCCUAGUCUUCACUUAUAUACUUAGACACUCAGUGGAAAUGUUAUUAGUAAUGCUUAAACACUUUUCACUUGUGUAAUUAUCCAGUCAUCCUAUCAUGUGGCAGAUAUAGGUCAAUAGAUUCACAUUAAACGUCAAAUCAGUAUGGCAUUGUUGUUGGUGUUUCAUGGGCUAGUUUGAGUAAUUUAGAAACUUCAUAUUUCCUGGCAUUUUCUCUCUCUCUCUCUCUCUCUCUCUCUCUCUCUCUCUCUCUCUCUCUCUCUCUCUCUCUCACACACACACACACACACACACACACAGUGGUUUUCUGCCAUUGUAGCCCAUUCUCAUCAAAGUUUUAUUUAUUAUUUGUUAUGAGAUGCUUUUCAGCUCACCAAAGUUGAAAAGAGUAGUUGUUUCCUUCCUUUUAGUGUGUAAAUCUCCCAGGUAUUAAUAUCCCAGGAGACCAGCAACGGUCAUGCCAAUUUAUGUGAAUAUAAACUAUAGGUUUUGAUCUGCAUCUACAGGAUUAUGUACAUUGCACUGCUGCCACAUUAUGGGCUGAUUGUAUAUUUGCACGAAUGAGCAGGUAUUUCUGAUAAUCAUUUCCAUAUAUAUAUAUAUAUAUAUAUAUAUAUAUAUAUAUAUAUAUAUAUAUAUAUAUAUAUAUAUAUAUAUAUAUAUAUAUAUAUAGUGUGUGUGUGCGUGUGUGUGUGUGAGCGAGCGUAUCUAAUGUUACCGAAUAUGCACCUUGGCAGAUCAGACUUGCCCCUAAAUGCAAAUGCAACCCCAUACUAGAAGACUGUUAGGCCUGGGAACUGGUUAUUAAUGUCUUAUUAAUAAGAAGAUUCUCAAGUAUACAAAAGGUUACAUUUGGCACUUAACUCAUUCAUUCCCCAGGAUCAGAGAAAUGCUUGCACACACAUGCACACCUCUACAUGUACGUGUGUUUUCACCAUUUGAUUGUGUAUUGAAUAAAUUGUCUUUAUCUGACUUCGAAGGAGGACAUUUUGGUUGAGAAUGAUGAGCGUGAGCUCAUAAGCAGGCAUGUUGAUCAUGUGCAAUAUUUCUAAACAAAAGAAUAUUGAAAAUAUUAAAGACUUAACACAGUA